CCCAAUGAAUAUUUGAGGUUCAGUUUGACGUUCUGACGGUUUGACGUAGAAGUUUUGUUUAGUGUUUGUGGUCUUUAAAACGGCAGUGCCCAAAGACUUGAAUACCCUACUUUUGCAUGAAAUAAUAUACGGAAGAGCUUUAAAAUGGCUGGAAAUUUCUGGCAAAGUUCUCACCAUCAACAAUGGUUACUGGACAAACAAGACUUAAUACGUGAAAGGCAACACGAUCUAUCCAUAUUAAGUGAAGAAGAAUACCAAAAGAUAUUUAUAUUUUUUGCUAGUGUAAUUCAAAGCUUAGGAGAGCAGCUGAAACUCAGGCAGCAAGUUAUAGCGACUGCAACUGUUUAUUUUAAAAGGUUUUAUGCUAGGAAUUCUUUAAAAUGCAUUGAUCCUUUGCUUUUAGCACCUACAUGUAUAUUCCUUGCUUCCAAAGUUGAAGAGUUUGGUGUCAUAUCAAAUUCAAGACUGAUUACAACAUGUCAGACAGUUAUAAAAAAUAAAUUUAGUUAUGCUUACACUCAAGAGUUUCCAUAUAGAACAAACCACAUAUUGGAGUGUGAAUUUUAUUUAUUGGAGAAUUUAGACUGCUGUUUAAUUGUAUACCAACCAUACAGACCUCUGCUACAACUAGUUCAAGAUAUUGGCCAGGAGGAACAAUUAUUAACCUUAUCUUGGAGAAUAGUUAAUGAUUCUUUAAGAACUGAUGUGUCCCUUUUGUAUCCUCCAUAUCAAAUUGCAAUUGGUUGCCUACAAAUUGCCUGUGUGAUUUUACAAAAGGACCAUAAAGCGUGGUUUGCAGAACUGAAUGUCGAUAUUGAGAAGAUUCAGGAAAUAGCUAGGUACAUAAUCAAUUUGUUCGAAUUGUGGAAGACUUACGAUGAGAAAAAAGAAAUACAAGGACUGUUGGCCAAAAUGCCUAAACCAAAACCAGCACCACAAAGAUAGAUUUUUUAAAGGAGAAUCUCAAGUAUUAUGCAUUACGCUUAAAGUUAUACAAACAUUGUGACAACUACAGGAUUAGUUAAAUAAAACCAAAUCUUAUACUAA